AUGCAAACUGUUCCUCACUAUAACUACAACAAAAAUCGUGAAUUAUCCAUAGUCUUGGCUCCUUUCAGUGGCGGUCAGGGUAAACUCGGUGUCGAGAAGGGUCCUAAAUACUUGCUCAAGCAUGGCCUUCAAGCAAGCAUAGAAGAAUUAGGUUGGUCUACAGAGUUAGUACCUUCCAUGGAUGAGGCACAAUAUGUGGGCAAAUUAAAAAUGGAGAGGGACUCAACAACUGGCGGGUCCUCCGUAAUGAUGGAUGGUAUCAAGGCCAAGAGGGCUGAUAUGGUCGGUGAAGCUACCAAGUUGGUCUACGAUUCGGUGUCGAAAGUAGCCCAGGCGGACAGAUUCCCUCUGACCUUGGGUGGUGAUCAUUCCAUUUCUUUGGGUUCUGUCUCCGCGGUUUUGGACAAAUACCCUGAUGCUGGCCUAUUAUGGAUAGACGCUCACGCCGAUAUAAACACCAUAGAGUCCACACCUUCUGGAAACUUGCACGGUUGUCCCGUGUCAUUCCUUCUGGGCUUGAAUAAAGACAUUCCACAUUGUCCCGAGUCCUUGAAAUGGGUUCCUGGUAACUUGAGCCCAAAGAAAAUCGCCUACAUUGGGUUGAGAGAUGUUGACGCAGGGGAAAAGAAAAUCUUGAAAGAGUUAGGUAUUGCUUCCUUUUCCAUGUACCAUGUGGACAAAUAUGGUAUUAACGCUGUCAUCGAAAUGGCCAUGAAAGCCGUGCACCCCGACACAAACGGUGAAGGCCCUAUCAUGUGUUCUUAUGACGUCGAUGCUAUAGAUCCAUUAUACAUUCCUGCUACUGGCACCCCAGUAAGAGGUGGGUUGACUUUGAGAGAGGGUCUUUUCUUAGUCGAAAGGUUGGCAGAAUCUGGUAAUCUAAUUGCCCUAGACAUCGUUGAAUGUAACCCUGAUCUUGCCAUUCACGAUAUUCAUGUUUCAAAUACUAUCUCUGCAGGUUGCGCCAUUGCGAGAUGUGCAUUGGGUGAAACCUUAUUGUAG